GGCGAUCGAUCACUGCUCCAAGCGCGCAGUAGUACUGGUUGUCUUCGUCUCCGCACGGUCACUUUGACGCAAAUCACUAUCACACCCGAUGAACUUCUUAGACACAUACGACAUCUCAACUCCAACUACACCUCCUGCUGAGACACAGCAGGCGGAGCAGAGCUUGAAUGAGGAAGUGACCCAAGUAGUGGGCCAACUGAGCAGAUUCUGGGGUGGUUUCCGGAAACAAAGUCAAGCUGCAUUUGAGGCUGCCAAGAAAGACCUGACAGAGGUUGUAUCUCAGGCGCAGAGCGAAAUCACUAAGCUCACCUCGGAAAUACCUACGUCCACAUCAACGUCCGAAGUCACCCCUCGUCACACAGAUGAAACAUCAACAGGGGAGCAUAUCCCGGAAACCUCGCAGGAGGAGUCUGUAGAUGACACAGUUACACCCGAACAGGAUACUUCUACUAGUGCAGGUCCUUCACAGAGCGGACAUACUCGCUCAGAGUCACAGAAUCUAUUCUCACGACUACAAGCUUCUCUACCCCCGACUCUAGUUUCCACCAUUCAGAGUCAGCUUCCCGAGGCGCUGAAGCAACCAGCAUCCAUCGAUUUUACACAGUUGCGAACCACCCUUACCUCGGAAUUCCAAAGAGUCCAAGGCGUCACACGAUCUCAGGCCGAGGAAUAUGUACAUAAGAGCGAGAGCCUACUACGUGAGGCUGGAGAAUUCCUGAAGGAGGCUGUUAAAGUGGUCCCACCAGAGGAAGGCGGUUCCGUUGCUCCCGCUGGUGCACUCUGGGAUGGCACAGAUAUCUGGAUGUUGCCAGAAAUGGGGCUGUCAUCCACUACUUCGAAGGGCAAAGGGAAGGAGCGAGAGCGCACUUCCACAUCUUCCGGAAGACCGUCGAUAGAUGGUCUCAGAGCCGUUGCUACUAGGGCGGAAGCGCUGCUAAAGCAGCUCAAGCAUGACCCUGAAGUGCUCAGAGUCGAUCCCUCUGCGGAUGAGAAGGCAAGCAAGUUAUUCGAGGCAUGGAAACAGGGUAAGGUGGCUACAAAGGAAGGCGGGAUAGCUGGGAACGAAUGGCAAACCGCCAUUCAGGCGGCUUUGGAUGACGCUGCCGAUAGGGAGGCAUUGAAGGCUACGAUAGAUACGCUAGUACCUUCAGAUAUCUCCGAGCAAGAGUUCUGGACGCGGUAUUUCUUCCGAGUUCACCAGGUUGAACAAGAGGAAGAAAGAAGAAAGGCCUUGAUCCAAGGCACGAUCGAGAAUGAGGAGGAUUUCAGUUGGGAAGAUGACGAGGACGAAGCAACGUCCCCGACAACUGCCAAGCCAAAGUUGCAGGAUGUCAAGGCCGAGGGUAUCGAGCGUAGCUCUGACUUGGCUGGAAGUCUGUCAACGCUGAAGGCAACAUCGGACAAGCCAGACGAUCAUUUGCUCUCGCCUGACUUGCAGGAUUCAAGGCGGCAGAGCAGCGAAGACAGCUACGAUGUCGUAUCUUCUCAAGUUAGCACCAAUGGUGAAACCAAAGUUGAACGGACCGAAAAAGAUAAGGGAUCGCGGGAAGAUGAUGCAGAUAGUGAUUGGGAAUGAACUAGUAGAUGUCUUGUGUACGAUGGUCUUGUUUGCACCUUUGGAGUGAGUACAGUAUAUCGCAGCACCUCGACAGUGAUUUACCUGCCACUUGGGCCCAGCGCUGCACGCAAUCUGUUGCGAGGAACAUCUUUUGUGGUAAAAUUCUAAAAUUCCCCGAGCAAAAGAGAAAAACAUACAUGUUUAGUUACAUGCCUGAGUACGAUGGACAUGUCCGGGAUUGAACCGGACCCCUCUCGCAUGCUAAGCGAGCGUGAUAACCAACUACACCACAUGCCCAUAUCAACAUUUUCUUCUUAAAAUCUAAAUGUUAUGGAGGUGCGAAUAAUUGAAGUUUCCUGGG